AUUCGUAAAAGUUCUCUGUUUUGAUUCAAAUUUUUCAAUAUUUCAACAAAAAAUCAUUGAAAAAAAUGUCUCGUCCUGCGAAUCUUCCUUAUCCAAGCAUUUGGAGUCGUUUUGAAGCCAAUUCUUGUUCUUUUCGCAUCCAAGAUUUGACUGAAGAGCAUUACCAAGCCGCAAUUAACCUCUUUUUAUCGGAUUUUGUACCUGAUGAGCCUGUAGCUAAGUCAAUGGAAAUCGCUUCUGAUCCCGCAUCGCUUGAAGAAAUGUGUUCUCUUUGGUUAGAAGUCUUCCGAUAUCGCGUUUCAUUAGCUUGUUUCAACGAAAAAACUGAAGAAUUAGUCGGAGUUAAUGCCGUUUUCAUCGAAACAGGCGGAGAAGAGUUCAAAGCGACCGCAGCUCCAUGGAAAAAGGUUUUUGACGCAAAUAAUUUGGUAGCUGAACGUGUCAAUAUCAAGGAAAAGUUCAAAGUUGAUCGUUUUUUGGGAGCUUUUGGAUUAGUUGUAAGUCGAAAGUACCGUGGAUUUGGCAUUGGAACGGAAAUUCUUCGUGCUCGGAUCCCCCUUUGCAAAGCUCUGGGCUUGAAAGUCACUUCAAAUAAUUUUUCAGGCGAAAAAUCCCAACGUAUUGCUGAAAAGGCGGGAUUUAAAGUUGAUGUCUCCGUGACAUUUGACGAACUCGCAAAUGCUGGCUAUAAAUUUCCGAAUAUCACUGAAGCAUGUAUCAAAGUAAUGUCACUUGAAAUAAAUUAACGGCAACAAUGUUGACUUGUCCCUGUCAUGUUUGCACCAAAAAAUUCUUCGCAUUUGCAUUGCAAGGCGUCGUGACUUUGAUUUUGGCGCGUAGAUAAGCCCCAACAACUACGGGCAGGUACAAAAAUAGACAAUUGUUCCAUUUUCGCAAAAAGCGCGCUAAAAUAAAGAUGAAACUCCCACAUAAAUUCGUACGUGCCUCGGUGUCAAAAAUAAAUC